AUACAGUCUCGGGGUUGGCAGUGAAGUGAUUGUUCCUGAUGUGAUAAAAUCCUCAGUUGUGAAAUACCAGCCACAUUAACACAUCCUCUUAUUAAACAGUUUACUGAGAGAGAAAGAACUAAAAUGGCAGGCUCUUUCUCUGAUGUUCAAAAUCCUUUUGACUGUUCGAUCUGUCUGGAACUGUUUAAGGAUCCAGUGACUACAUCUUGUGGGCACAGUUUCUGUAUGAACUGUAUUAAGGGGUUCUGGGAUCAGGAAUCUCUUAAACCAGUUUUCAGCUGCCCAACAUGCAGAAACAAAUUCAGGCCAAGGCCAAAUCUUGGCAGGAACAUUGUUCUUGCUGGCAUUGUAGAAGAAAUGAAGCAGGACGUUCCAGCUGGACCUGGAGAUGUGGAGUGUGACGUUUGUAAAGGACGAAAACUCAAAGCCGUCAAGUCUUGUCUGGUGUGUUUGGCGUCCUUCUGUCAAACUCACCUUCAGCCUCAUUGUUACUCUGAAGCUUUGAAAAAGCACAAGCUGGUGAACGCUUCAGCAAAUCUACAACAGCAGAUCUGCCCUCAACAUCAUAAAGCUCUGGAGAUUUACUGCUAUUAUGACAAGAAAUGUAUAUGUGUGCUCUGUAUGGGUCAGCACAGAGGACAUAAGACUGUCUCAGCCGCAAAUGAAAUACCAGAAAAAAAGGAGGAACUGAAAAUAAAACAGAAGGAAUUAGUUCAGCAAAUCAAUGAUAUUAACAAGAAUCUUCAAGCAUUUAGGAAGGCUGCAGAUUUGCAUAAGAGCUCUGCACAGGCAGCAGUGGAGCACAGUGACAGGAUCUUCACUGAACUCAUCAGAUCGCUCACGAAAAAACAAACUGAAGUGAGAGCUGUGAUCAGAGCUCAGGAGAAAAGGGAGACUCAACAGAUUAAUGAUUACAUACAAAAACGGGAACAGGAGAUGAGCAAUCUUCAGAAGCGGAGUGAUAAACUGGGGCAGAUUUUGCAAACAGAAGAUUAUAUUAAUUUCUUCCAGAAUUACUCCUCUCACUCUACCAAAAUACCAUAUACUUUACCGAAGAAUGUUUAUGAUCUCGUAACAUUUAAGAAAGUAGAUCAAUCUGUCUCAAAGCUGAAAAAAAAACUGGAUGAAAUCUGUGAGCAGCACGUGGGCAAAAUAUCAAAGAAAGUUGCAGAUGUCCACAUUAUCCAACCCACCACUAUCUUGCAGUCCAGUGAAUCCGAAGACUCUUCCAAAGAUUCCGAAGAUUCUGAAUUUUCUCAAGAUUCUGAUGCUUCUCAAGAUGAUUAGAAAUAAAUUCUGGAAAUUUAAUGGAUUUUCCUAGCAUCACAUGGAAAAGUCUAAAUUUCCAAUACUGUAUGCCAGGGGUCACCAAUCUCGGUCCUGGAGGGCCGGUGUCCCUGCAGGAUUUAGCUCCAACUCAAGACAUCUGCCUGGAUGUUUCAAGUAUAUUUAGUAAGACCUUGAUUAGCUUGUUCAGGUGUGUUUGAUUAGGGUUGGAGCUAAAAUCUGCAGGACACCGGCCCUCCAGGAACAAGUUUGUUGACCCCUGCUGUAUGCUGUAUCUGAAGGACGUCAAAGUCAAAUUCCCGCACUAGGUGGUGCUAUAACCAAAACAUUGUCAUAGCUUUGCAACCAUUUGAAGUUGAAGUGUAGGGGUAAGAUUGGGGAAAGAGGACAGAAUAUACAGUCUGUACAGUAUAAAAAUCAUUAUGUACAGUUGAAGUCAGAAUUAUUAGCCCCCUGUUUAUUUUUUCCCCAAUUUCUGUUUAAAGGAGAGAAGAUUUUUUCAACACAUUUCUAAACAUAAUAGUUUUAUAAACUCGUUUCAAAUAACUGACUUAUUUUAUCUUUGCCAUGAUGACAGUAAAUAAUAUUUGACUAGAUAUUUUUCAAGACACUUCUAAAGUGACAUUUAAAGGCUUAACUAGGUUAAUUAGGUUAACUAGGCAGGUUAGGGUAAUUAGGGAAGUCAUUGUUUAAUGAUGGUUUGUUCUGUAGUCUAUCUAAAUAAAUAUAGUUUAAAGGGGUUAAUAAUUUUGACCUUAAAAUAUUUUUUUAAAAAUUAAAAACUCCUUUUAUUCUAGCCGAGAUAAAACAAAUGAGACUUUCUCCAAAAGAAAAAAAACUAUACUGUGAAAAUUUCCUUGCUAAAUGUUUCCAUUGGUUUAUUAAACAAGUAUAUUCCAAGAAUAUAAGAAUGCUGGGUUGUGUUCUGGGAACAAUUCAUUAUACAGUCUAACUAAAAACUGUGUUACAGUAAAUACCUUUAUCUUUGAAAAAUUACAUUCAAUAGCAAAAUGUUCUCCUUACAGCUGAUCAAAUACUGUUUAAAUUAGGGUAUAAAUAUGUGCGGAUAUUAAGAAAUGAUCCAUGUUGUUUGUUGGUCAAUACAUUGAGCUGUUUUUAUCUCUCACUACAGAAAUUCAUGUCUUUACAAUCAGCACAAAAGAGCAUUUUAGGUAUUAUUAUCCAACAGGAUCAUAAAUAGGACAUACACUAAUAUUAAUUAUCAGUUAUCAUUUUAACUCUUCAUUUUGUCAAAUUUGGUCCUGUCUUUCAGCCUUUGAGCAUAUGAAAUUUGUGAAUCAGAGUGCGCUUUAUUCAGCAAGUCUGCACAAACACAAACAAUUAUUUUGUGUUUACAUGAGCUCAGGAUACAUACAUAUCAACACAAGGGGACAGAAGCACAUUUAAAUAAGUGGAAAAUAAAGCAAACAUUAAAAAUGUAUAAUAAAUCUUCUGUUAAUUUUGUAUUCUUUCCCAAAUAUUUCC